UCCACAGCUGCCGGACGUCCGCCGGCAAAGCACAGGUUCUCCAGCGGCGCGCCCGCUCCGCCAUCUUCUUUCUGCGCCAGAGCAGCGGCGAGGCGCCCCCAAGACAGUACAGCGAGCAACAGCAGCGCAUCCUUCCAGCAGCUCUAGGAGCACCGGACGCCGCCAUGGGACGCGGCUACGGCACCUACGAGAACUUCAUGACCAAGAAGGCCGAGGCCAUGGCGAACGAGCGCACGCCUCUGCGUGGCGCCGAAGCCGGGCCGCAGUACGUCUUCAUGACGAACCCCAACAGGCUGUACCGCACCAGGAUACGGCAGUUCCAGUGCUGCAUCUGCGCCGGACUCCUGGCGAUCUUCGUGGCUGCGGCGGUGAUCACGGUCUCUUACUCGGUGAACCACGACGUGAUGGACGAGGUGAACAACACGGACACGACGGUUCUGCCCGUGAACGUCGCCAAGCUGCUGCAGCUGACGUGGCCUCUGAAAGAUAAAGGAGAGCCGCAGUGGAGCGGCCCGCCUGAGGACGCGACUCAGGUGGAGGCGGCGGUGUCGGCGGGCCGCGGCGCGCUCAGCGAGAGGGACGCCGUGGAGGCGAAGGCGCCGCCGCUGGCCGUCACGGCCCCCGCCUACCGCGCCCAGCAGGCGCUGCACACCACUGCCAAGGCGCGGGAGCUGGGCAGGGCCGGGUACGUGCUCGACGUCGCCUCCAAGCGCAUCGCCGCCGACAGGGGCGUGAAGGCCGGCUCGCUGAUGGCCCGCGGGCCCAUCGUGGCGGCCGACUUCCUGCCGCCCGAGGCGUGCGCCGACGGCCUCUCCGACAGCUACUCGUGCGUCGCGACGCCGUUCCGCAGCCUCGACGGCACCUGCAACAACCUGCAGCACCCGCAGUCCUGGGGCGUCGCCUACCGGCCCUUCCGCAGGAUCCUGCCCCCGGACUACGGAGACGGUGUGUCUUCUCCGCGCCGAGCCUCUGACGGCAGCGAGCUGCCCUCUGCGCGCGAGGUGAGCCUUAGCGUGCACCGGCCGCUGUACAAGGACGACCCGCGCUUCACCGUCAUGUUCGCCGUCUGGGGACAGUUCAUGGACCACGACAUCACCGCCACCGCCAUCAGCCAAAGCGCCAACGGUUCGGCGCUGUCUUGCUGCCACCCGGGAGAGCUCAGCCCAGAGUGCUUCCCGGUACCGCUGGCGGCCGGGGACCCGCAGUUCGACCAGUUCAACGUCACCUGCAUGGAGUUCGUCCGGUCCGCGCCGGCGCCCACCUGCUCCUUCGGUCCGCGAGAGCAGAUGACGCAGGUGAGCGCCUACCUGGACGGCUCCGUGGUGUACGGCAACCAGGCGGAUCUGGCCAACAGCCUGCGCUCGUUCGUCGGGGGCCAGAUGAGGGUCUCCUUCAGCCCUGACGGCCGCGAGCUGCUGCCCAUCUCCACGGACCCCAACGACGGCUGCAACAGGGAGGUGGCCAAUGCCAAGGGCCAGUACUGCUUCGCAGCCGGGGACCCGCGGUCGAACGAGAACCUGCACCUGACCACGAUGCACCUGGUGUGGGUGCGCCACCACAACGCGCUGGCGGCGCGCCUGCAGGAGCUGAACCCCACGUGGAGCGACGAGCGCCUCUACCAGGAGGCGCGCCGCAUCAUCGCCGCCCAGAUGCAGCACAUCACCUACAACGAGAUGCUGCCGCUCAUACUCGGGGACGUGAUUACUGACCGGCUGAGUCUGCGCCCGCAGGCGGCUGGCUAUUACAACAAGUACGACGCAACCGUCGACGCGACCAUCGCCAACAGCUUCGCGGCAGCCGCCUUCCGGUUCGCACACACGCUCAUCCCGGGACUCAUGAAGAUGUUGGCGAACGAGACGAACAGUGAGGAGUUUGUGGAGACGCACAAGAUGCUCUUCAAUCCGUACGGACUGUACCAGGCUGGCUACAUGGACAAGACAGUCCGUGGAGCGCUCGCCACCAACAUCGCCAAGGCCGAUGCCUACUUCAGCAAAGAGCUGACGCAGAAGCUGUUCGCGCAAGGCAACGCGACGGCGCCGGCGCGCCACGGCCUGGACCUCGUGUCGCUCAACAUCCAGCGUGGCCGCGACCACGGCCUGCCGGGCUACCCGGCGUGGCGCGAGUUCUGCGGCUUCCCGAAGCCCCUCGACUUCUCGGACCUGGCCGGCGUCAUCGACCCGGACAGCAUCAGCAGGCUCUCCGCGCUGUACAAGACCGUGGCCGACGUGGACCUGUACACGGGCAUGCUGUCCGAGAUCCCGUUGGACGGCUCGCUGCUGGGGCCCACCGCCACCUGCCUCAUCACGGACCAGUUCAUUCGUCUCAAGCAGGGCGACCGCUACUGGUACGAGACUUCGCAGCAGCCGCAGGCCUUCACACCUGAGCAACUGGCGGAGCUGCGCAAGACGAGCCUGGCGGCUAUCCUCUGCGACAACUCGGACAACCUGACGCGCUCGCAGCCGUGGGUGAUGCGCGCCGCAGCCGGCGACAACGUGCGCCGCAACUGCAGCGAGCUGGCGCGCCCCGACUGGUCUCUGUGGAAGGCGGGGCCGAGCGGCGCCUUCGCGCGGCCCGGCAUCGCGCGCGUCUCGCUGUUCGAGGGCGCCAGCGCCGUGCGCGCCGCCGCGCCCAGGACCAAGACGAAGAUCCCGCACGUCGCCCUCGGCGGCACCGUCACCGGAGGCUCCAUCACCGCCGCGGGCAGCACCGUCUGGAGCGGCGCGCUGCCGCUGCGGCUCCCCCUGCCGCUCUUCGACACCCUGGCCGCCACCGGCCCAGUCCCGGCCGGGUCGCCCUUCUUCGCCGGCCGCGGCAUCUACUGGGACGGCCACUUCACAGCCGACGCGUCCUCAGCCAAGGCCCGCCUCCAGGGCACCUACACCGCGCCCAAAUACCACGACGGCCCGCCGCUCAACUUCUCCGUAGAAUGGUCCAGCGGCACUUUCUCUUUCGACGUCAUGCUCGCGUGGAAUUCGACCAAGAACGGAACUAUCGACAUGUCCGGCUCUUACUGGUCGCCGCUGAGGCUGGAGACGACAAAGCCCAAGUUCGUGCUGACUACGGCGAAACCGGAGGAGGUGCAGAAGUACGCCGAGCAGCUGCUGGUGGCCGGCGGUCUGGGACCCGGAGUACCCAGAGCCCCCUUGCUCAUUCACGGUAUAUUCUCGCCGGACAAGACGUUUUUCACUUGGGACGGCAAUGCGACGCUCAUCCUACCUCUACCGCCCCCGCCGCCACUUCCGGCUCUGAACGUCUUGGCGGCCGUGGCCAAGCCGAAGGAGAAGCGCGUCAUGGUACCGGUUUCAGUUCUCUCUGGUAGCGUGACCACGAGCAGCGGCGUGACGUGGUGGAGUGGAGAACUGCCCGCCGCACUUCCCGCCCAUCCCUUCGACACGGUAGCGUUGGCUGCGGGUGCGAGCUUGACUCCCGGAGUGCCCGUCUUCAGCAGUGGUAUCCAGUGGAGUGGCUCCCUGGUCAGCGACGGUGCGGGCGGCGCGUCGCUUAAGGGCAGCUUCUCCUUCCCGACCUUCACUCACGGUGCUCCCGCCAACUUCUCCAUCAGCUGGUGGAGCGGCAAAUUCGCGUUGCAGAUGCGUUACUUGGGGAACACCACGUUAGACACCUAUCUGCACGACGGACAGCAGUGUUCGUCACCACUCUUCUACGUCGCCAGCCCACAACCCGUUCUCGGCACCCCAGUUGACCUCGACGACACGGAGUCCCUUGCCAGCGUGCACGAGAUGUCUUCUCUCCUGAUCGCCGCCGAGGAGUCUCUCGCACCUGCGCUUCGAGUUCCGAUCAUCCUCAUGGGCACCUACUCGCCCGACCGCACCACCUUCUGGUGGUCUGGCGCAGCCACCUUCAGUGUGCAUGUGCCACCCGCGCCGCCUAUGCCACCCAUGCCACCAGUUGCUGCUUCCCAACUGACCAUGCAACUGAUGAAGAAGACAUCACCCUCUUCCAACUCCAACAAAGCACCUGUGGCUCAACAAAAUAUGGUGACGGCCGCUACAGGAGGCCUGGCUCGCCCUGGCGCCCUAGGGCUGGCGGUGACGUCAGGCUGGGUGGCGACCUCCAAGGCGACGCUGUGGACGGGCACCCUACCAGCCGCUAUCCCACUACCUGCGUUCGAUGCGCGCCCGGUCGUCACCGCGCCGACAGACCCCUUGGGAACGCCGCCCGUUUACGGCAGUGGCGUCGUCUGGCACGGCAGUGCCACAGUGCUGUCGCCUCUGGAGGUCUCCUUCUUGGGCUCCUUCUCUGCACCAUCCUACACUCACGGACCUCCACUCAACUUCUCCAUCAGCUGGACCCAAGGGCAGUUCUCCCUACGUUGUAAGCUCUUGUGGAACGCUACGAUAGAUGGCCUGGUCGACCCCAACCUCGUCUACUCUUCCCCAAUAUACUUCCAGCAGAUCAAGGUUCCUCCAGUGAAAGAAAAGAAAGCGAAGGACAAAAAGGUCGACGGCGGUGACGACAAGCCAGCAAUGACGGUCAGUGACGACGUGAUGCUGCAACUGGCCACCGCUGUCGAUGCCGUAGGUGACUCUGGCUUGCGUGUACCUGUCAUCUUGCAAGGCAACUUAUCUCCUGACAAGACGACCUUCUACUGGAAUGGCAACGCUAUCGUGAUGUUCAAGAAGAAGGCCCCAAUGAUGGGUGAAAGCAGCAACGUGGCUCCUCGGGCGCCAGCUUCGCUCUUUCCAGUGAGUGGCUUCGGACCUUUCUCGUGGACGGCCCGACUCGGUGGCAUGGUCACUUCUGGAUACGUACGUGGAGCCAGCGACAGUGGCGGCGGGCGCGUCACCAUGUGGGACGGUAGCCUGCCGGCGGCCAUUCCCAGCCAUCCGUUCGAUUCCUUCCAGUAUCCGACGGCUGCACUUACGGAGACGGCUUUCACUCCGAUGGUAUUCGGCCACGGCGUGACUUGGCAAGGUUCCAUGACGUCUGACCCAGUAGCGGGCACAGCAAUGCUACAGGGCACCUUCUCAGUUCCCAGGUAUGUCCACGGUGUCGGACCGUUCAACUUCUCCAUCGAUUGGUGGCGCGGCGACUUCCAGUUUAACGUACAGCUGCUCUGGAACGUGUCGAUAGAUGGUGUGGUGACUCCUGAUCGUACUUUCACGUCGCCCAUCUUCUUUAGCGGAGCUACCGUCCUCGACAAUGGCAAAUCGUUGCUGUCUGGAAUCCAGAUGACAGCCAGGGAUGCCGCCAUCGAGCUCGCUGAGGAGUCUGCCAUUGCAGCUGGAGCUGUUCGUGCACCAGUCAUCCUUCAGGGAACUUAUUCGCCGGACAAAACUAUGUUCCUCUGGUCUGGCAAAGUGGUUGCCUCAAUACCAAGGAUACCAACCACUCCACCGAUGCAAUUCCUAUUUGAAGGCGCUGCUGCUGAGGAUGGAAAGGAUGCUAAAGAUGCUAAAGGAGGAAAAGGUGGUAAAGGAGGAAAAACAGACAAAAAAGAUGAUGCAGGAGGCAAGAAGGAUGGCAAAGGCGGAAAGCCCGCUGGUGGCAAAUCUGGUGGCGGUGGAGGUGGCGCCGUUGGCCUAACAGGCAUCACAGGCUACAUCAACGCCAACUUCACGCUAGACCCCGAAGAUCUUUAUUACAAUGAUACAGCAACAAACACGACAAAGAUGCGCCCGACAUACCUGAAUGUGUGGUCUGGACAGGUGCCGGUAACACUGCCAGUGCCAUUCUUCAACAGUAGUCUGGUCGAUCCACAGCCCACUGAUCCCACAACAGCAGCUGCACUGUCCAUCACGUGGUCAGCUUCAAUGGCUCCUGGUGGUGCUGCAGGAGCUAUCAAGUUGAAGGGCACAUACAAACUUCCAGUAUCAGUGAUGGCCACUGUGGACCCCGAUAUCGACGUGGAGUGGUCGAGCGGUGAGUUCUCGCUGUCUGGCACACCCCUGUGGAAGGCACCCCCGCCUACCAUGGUGCAACCAGGCGUCAACUUCACAUCACCAGUCUUCUACCGCAGCGUCACGCCCACGAAGAGCACGAUGAAGGGGUUGUUCGAAGGCGACCCUGCAGACCCCACAGCGGCUACUAAGGUGCCCAUUAUCCUGCAGGGCACGUUCACGCCAGAUAACAGCGGCUUCGUCUGGUCCGGGAACGCGCUCGUCAUUUUCCCAUAUGCUGCAGCCUGAGCGAGCCACUCUGGAAGGAACGUCAGUGUCACACUAUCUGACAGCACUUUUCUUGUCUAACUAUUACCAAAGCAUUCCUCUACGCAGCUCUUCAGUCCAAUGUCUUGGCCUUCCACACAUCUAUUCCCUUCCUUACUAUCGGUGCUGUUUUUUUCCCCUUUGGAGCCGUCCAUAUACCCUUUUUCAGUAUUACUAUAACACAGCUUAUUCUCCAAUCAGUUCUACAUCCCUCACACAUUACAGUACAUAGUAUUUAAUUCUGAGAAUCAAUUUUAUUACACGCGACGUUAUACUUUUCAGUCAAGAUUGAAACAUUUACUUUUAUAUUUUUAAGCACUUAUGUGGAAAUGAAACAGCAUUUCGUGGCUUUGAGCUAAUGGUGACACGAUUUCAGCAGAUGAUAUGGUGUUAUUUGGCGUAAUUUUCCGUACUGCAGUUACUUUCCCUGUACACUUUAAUAGCCAUAUUAAAACAGAUACAGUGAAGGUGGAAGCACAAGUGUUCAACGAAAUGUGUACUUAAGUAGGUAGCUCCACUAAAGAGAAGUAUCAUUAUAUUUCUGUGUGAGCGUCUACACAGCGAAGGUGACGAAGUUUACGUGAAAGUGUUGUGUCAAAGGUUGUAUAACAAAGCUAUUUGGUUUAGUUAUCCGUGGCUCCAAACAAAACUCUAAGUCAAAGAAGUCUGAUUUCGUAUUGUACAGCUUUCUGAACUGGUGUAUCAUACCGCUAUCGAUUAUUACCUUCAAGUAACACUCAAGUUGAAGAAUGACUGAAACAUAUGUGAGGUUUGUAGAACAUAUGUUCUCUAAAGGAAACAGAAUAUAAUAAUGUUCAUACUGACGUUCUUACCGCUCUAAUUCAAGACUUUUCAAACUUAUUUCAGAAUGGCACGCACAUUUAACGUCGACUGCUAUAGAUCAAUUGUGCCAUUGGUAAGGGAAUCUCAGUGAUUAGCUGUAGAAAACAACAUUUGCUUAGUCGUCUGUCACCAGGUCACUCGUUCUGAGGGACAAGAUAACAGUAAAUUCUUCAGGUGAGAGUUGAGCGCCAUCUCUUCUUUCGCUGCGUUCUCUUUCACGAUGGGUAAUUUUAGUUUUAGUCUGUUAAAAAAAACGCUAUAGAUUUAGCGAAAACAAGAAUAGAUAGUUGUACGUAAGUGACGAAAUGACUGUAAACAAUGUAAUUUAAUUACAUAUCUUACUUCAUAAGUGAUUACUUGAAACAGUUCUCAAAUUCGGUUAUUGUAAACAAAAUAUAAUGCAAUACACAAGCGUUACUUCUGCUUCCUCCAUCACUUUCACGAGAAACAUCGAAGCAUUUCAAAUUGCUGAGAGAGACAAUCCAAUGCCAUAUCUGUUUAUUAGUCAGAGUUUUCUCGAGAUUGCUCAGUAUUGCAGGCAUUUCGUCUUUGAUGUUACAAAGUGUAAACUGUGAUGCAAUUUAUCGAUAGUUUUUUUAACUCCUGUAAAAAAAUUUUAUACGUAGAACCUUUCUGCGAAUUUCAGAUUAAUAACUGGCACGAGACAUUUUCCUUUCAGUUUCCACUGACGUUUUAUGUAAUUACUAGCUUUAUUUUCGUUACGAAUUUGUUAUUAAUUAUUUGUAUAUCUUGUGAUCCUUAGAAUCAUAAUUACUCAUUAGUGUAAUCAUAUGGAUAUUUAAGUUUUUUAUGUAAAUUAUACACAACUAAGGGUAUUAACACUAACAGACGAUGGAAGAAAAUAUUUGUGGUGUUCAUUUUGUAUUUUAUGUUGCGUUGUUGUAUUUGAAUCUAUAAUUUUGUGCUUAAGCCAUUAGUUAGUUUCGUAUUUUUUAAAAAGACAUUUUUUCUUGAAUAAUAAUCGAAUUUGUUUUCAAAAUUAUUUAGUUAUUUAAAGUAAGCUAUCCUGAUUUUGUCAGUUGUGUUGCUGUUUUUAGAAUACUAUGUGCUGAUGUAUCUGAACUCCGUCAAGAAGACACAUUUUUCAAUAAAAAUACGAACAUGUGUA